AAAUAGUGAUCGUUGUGUUUUAUUUUACUCGUCAAGUGUGCUUUUAGAGUGGAGAGGAACUGCCAAGGACAGUCGUUGUGGUUGAUUGAUUGAGUUCUCAAGGGCUGGAAUUGUGUUAUAUCUUCUUUUUUUAUACUCUCAGGGAAACUAGAUUGUGGUCUGAUUGCUCGACUGGUGAUGAAACUUGUGAAUUAGUUAGUGCUUGAGGAUUUUCGAUGGGGGUAUCGGAGAUGAACCGAACUGAGGACUGCGUUGACGCCGACAUAGUGAUGAAAGAGCCCGAAGUUGAGACGGCCACAAUUCCUACCUACACAAUGCAAGCUCUGUGGGACAAGAAGCUGUCGCUGAAGGAUUUUGAGGUUUCCGGAGAGGAUAAGCCCACAUUGCCUUACGAUGUCUUUGAGCAGGACGAAGUGCUUCCUAUCAUUGACUUACAAGCGCUGCUUGGAAACGAUAAGGAUGCCCGGUAUGUGAACCUUGCACGGAUGCUGGAAGCUGCCAAAACGUGGGGGUUCUUUAAGAUUCGCAACCACGGCGUUGCUUUGGAAACGGUAAAGAAAGUGGAGCAGAAUGUGAAGAAGUUCUUUGCGCUGCCCAUGGAGAAGAAACUGCAAGUGAAAGCGGUAAACUUCGUAUUCGGAUACAUAGGUGGAUCUCCUGUCAGCUGGAAGAACAAAUGGUGGCUAGAAAGUCUUCACAUGAAAGUACAAGAGGAGGCAAUCCGGAAGAUGGUGGCACUCGUAUGGAGUGAUAACCCAAAGUUCGCAGACGAGUUCAUGUCGGCUUUGACGCGCUACUACAGCUCAAUGCGAGAGCUCUCUCGGCUGAUUGUGGAGUGUUUGACGGAGGGCCUCGGUCUUCCCCCCAACACCUACACCAAACUUGAAACACCAGACGCCAUUUGCAAUGCGCGUGUGAAUCACUACCCCGCUUGUCCUGACCCAUCCAAAGUGUUUGGAAUACCAAGCCAUACUGAUCCUCAAAUGCUGUCAAUUCUGUAUCAAGACGACGUUGGAGGUUUGCAGGUGCUCAGAAAUGGAAAGUGGAUCGGAAUUCGACCGGAUGAUUCUACAUUAGUGGUCAACCUUGGCGACACCUUCAUGGCAAUUACGAACGGCAUUCUGCACAGCGCAGUGCACCGAGUGGCGCUAAACACUACGAGGUCUCGGUAUUCCACUAUAUAUUUUUACGGGGUUGAUAACGCGGCGCCUCUCAGUGUACCACCUGAGCUCAUCACAGAGGACCGCCCGCUAUUGUACAGACCCUUCACUGUGAAUGAAUACAGAGCAAUCCUCACAGAGCACCAAGUUCCCGAUGACGGCAUAAAGUUCCUUCGCAUCCAACCUGGGGUCACUGCAACAGCCAGGAAGAAAAUGUUCCGCAGGUAGUGUGUAAUUCUGAUCCAGACUGUAACCAUAACUUCCAGAGAAUCUAAUAUCAAAAUGCGAAUGAUCGAUACUCGUAGUCGAUCAAUAUGUAGUUGCCCAUUCCAAAGCACUUGAUUCAUUCAAUUCAGUAUUUUAAACUAAAGUCUAUUAGUAUGGAUUCCUUCUCCUUGAACUAUCCCAUGUAGGAAACAUGAUAUGCAUGUAAUGUAUAGAAAAAUUCAAGGAAAAAACCAAAAGAGAAAAAGGGAUAAAACAGACGCGCACAUAUGCAAUCUGUUUCAUAGCGACAUUGGCUCCAUUGAAUUCCCCAUUGGAAAGAUUUUAAUUUUA